UGGUUAGUGUAUCAAAAGCGGCCUUCUAGGCUCAUAUCGUGAUUACCUUUUUACAAUGACAGCGGGGGAAAGGGACAAGUUGGUAGCAGGAGGCUUAUCAGCUAGUGCAAAUGGAGCUGCACCAGCACCGAAGGUCAAUAAAGGCCGCGGCAUCCUUUGCUGGGCAAUUUUUGGAGUGUUCCUGCUAUUCUUCAUUAUUAUGGCAGCCGUCUACACGGACCCGCAGCGUUAUAAAGCUGCUUCGCCGGUUAGCUACCUGACCGGCGAGGAUGCUACGCUGUACAAGAACCUGGGCCAGGUGUACUUUGUGCCAUCGACUUCAAAAAUGAACGCUAUGGCAAACUUCCAGCUCGGUCUUCAGCUCUUGCACGUCUUCUGGUAUGACCUCGCGCUCGUGAAGUUUCACCAGGCUCGCGUCCAGGACCCCAAGCUGGCCAUGGCCUACUGGGGCGAGGCGAUGUGUCACAAGCAGCCGCUGUGGCAGUCGGAGGACGUGGCGGGGGCGCAGGCGGUGUUGGCGGCGCUCAACAAGUCGGUGGCUAUCAGCAGCCUGCAACCCAAGGACCAGGCCUACAUCGCGGCCGCCCAGGUGCUGUUCGCGAGCAAUGCCACGCAGCGGCAGCGCGAGAUGGGCUACAUGGAGGCCAUGAAGGAGAUCCACAACGAGUACCAGGACGAUGCGGACGCGUGCGCCUUCUACGCGCUCUCCAUCCUGGGCUUCCUGCAAAGCACCGGGGGAGCCCUGCCGGCGGACUGGGCUAACCAGCUGCACUACCAGGCGAGCGAGGUUCUCGGGGACUGCAUGGACUAUUACCCGGGCCACGCGGGGUUGCUGCACUACGCGACCCACCUGUACGACGUGAGCGACAUGGAGGAGGCCAAGAACGGUAUCGCCCCCGCCCUGGCGCUGGCCAAGCUGGCCCCCGCCUCCAGUGUCGCGCAGCACAUGCGCAGCCACAUCUUUGCGCGCUUCGGGAACUGGAGCCAGGUGGUGGCGGGUAACCAGGACGCCGUUGCCGCAUCCGACAAGUACUGCACCGCAAUCGCCGCCGGCAACUCGUGUGACGCGGACAACCGCUGGCACGCGCUGGAGUGGCAGAUCUACGGCCAGCUGCAGGAGUGCGCGCUGUCGGGAGCAACCGUCAGCUACAAGCGCAUGCAGUCGGUGGCCGCCUCCAUGAACUACAGCGGCGACUACGUGCAGUGGCUCUACCGCUCCUACGCGCACAUGCAGCUCUCCUCGUUGGGGGCGGUGGGCGCCGUUCCGCUCCGCAACGCGUCCGACAACGCGACCUCCAUGCUUCCCCCGCCGCUGUACGGCAGCGCGAGCGGCAUCAAGGACGCAGCGGACAUUUCGGACCACUUCUGGCCGCCCCACGCUGAGGCUCAUGCGCUGCUCGCUCGCAUCCACUCGCUGGUCUGGGGGCGCACCGCGGCCCAGCAGCAGGCGGCGGCUGCCACCGUGGAUGCGGCGGCGAAGCGGCUGGACGCCAUUGUGGCGCUGCAGACCAACGCCUCCGCACAGCUGAACGCCGAGAUGACGGCACUGCUGACCACGGUUCAGCUGCAGGCCACCGCGCUGGUCUCCGCCGCCGCCUGCGCCGCCAACCUCACGUCCCGCUGCACCGCCUGGCAGCCCCUCAUGGAGCAGGCCAUGGGGCUGUACAACAACUUCUCAGGCUCCUCCACGCUUCCCUCCCUCAAGAUCGCCCCCACUCCCGAGUUCUACGCCAACCUGCUGCUCCUCACCGGCGGCAACGCCACCCAGGCGCUGCAGCUGUAUGACAUCUGCCUGGGCCAGAUGCCCGGCCGCAUGACUUGCAUGCUGGGUCGCGCGCGCGCCGCUCGGGCGCUAGGCAACACAAGUGCCACGCGCUUCUUCUAUGAGCUCGUGGUGUCGCAGUGCGGGUCUGCAGGGGACGCCCGCUUCCCGGCGCUGGUAGAGGCGAAGCAGGCGCUUGCGGCCUCGCCGCCGCCCCCGGCCAAGAAGGGCUUGCUGCGGCGGCGCGCGCAGGUAUAAAAGAGGAGUAUAGCUGCGGCUGUAUGUAGAUAUCGGCUAACUGGCAGGGACUGUGCUAGUGAUGGUGAUGCUGAUGCUGGGUUUUCAAAUAUGGGUAGGUACAGCUGAUGCUCGUUGCGGACUAGGGUAUACGCACGUACAAGGGUAUAUGAGUGCGGGCAGUUGCUGCGCGCGGCUAGGGUGAGUGGCAAGACGGAAUGAGGUUCCUUUUGCCGGUUGUUGACGGUUGGGGCCGUCACUAGGGUACGGGGUGGAGAAGAGGAGGUCAGGAGACUGCGGUGCUUAUGAACUGGCAAACUCUAUUACGCUGCCUUUUAGGGAGUUAACGCAGACACGUGUAGGGCGAACGAGAUUUUGCGUGACCUUAUGUCUGAAGGGCUAGCGUCGGUCGUAUGCCUUCGCGGUGGUGUGACAGGGUCUUCAUCUAAAGUGGCUGCUGGGUAAUCCUGUUUUGUUUGGUCCACUGACCUAUAUGUACUGAGGGAGUAUGGGGCGUCAUUCUACAAUAUCCGUAUAUGUGGGACCCUCGACGAACGAGACCGACCUUUUGUGUUGCCAAUUCGGUGUGGCUUCUUACCGCUUUCGUAACCCUAGCUGCCCAGCGUGCACGAUACGCGGGCGUAUGAGGAGGGAUUUGGGUGCAGACGUGCGGACCGAGCGAUUCCUGCUAGCCGUGGUAACGAAUGCUUACAUAGUGUGUACGUCUAUCUAUCAACACAAACCCUUGCGCCUGUAAAUAACAGGUUGUGUG